AUGGACAAACCAUCGACAGCGCAAUACCAAACCGGGCCGUCUCAACGCGACACCUGGAAGAUCCCGUCCCGCGACCCGAGUACCUACGACUAUCUGAACGAUCUCGAGAAGGGCGCCGUAAAGAGCUACCUUAGCGAGGUUCCUCUGGACUACCUUUCACAGCACCUCGACAUGCCGCUCAUCGACCUCAUCCCCCGCAUGCAGCUCUAUGUCGUUCUCCACUGCGAGAACGAGAAUGCCGGCCUCGACCAGACCCUUAAGGAUCCAGUGUCUUACGCCAAAUUCUGCAAUGGGCUGUCCCCUAAUUUCAUGAAAGCGGACGACGAUACCCACCUCCGGCCAGAAUCACCAGAGUCCCUAGACUCUAGGGAAGACGUAGUCGAGAUCGAGGAAAUUGAUGCGUCGCAAUGA